GAAGCCGCAAGCGCACCCUUCACGUGCUGCGCGCUCCAUAUCCCAAGGAUCUGAUCUGCAUCUACGCGCAGCACUCAGUCUGGUGUCACGAGCUCCACCGUCGAACGGUUCGUUCUCAGCAGCGUCCAACGCAGCGACCUUCAUAGAAGCGUCCCAGCGGACUGCUAGCUUCCAGGGACAUUGGUCCACGGCGGGCGGGCGCUUACAAGCCGCGUUGGCGCUCAUGGAGCCAGGCCCCCGCGGGUUGCCGGGCAAGCUGGCGGCCGGACCGGCCAAGCCCACAGCAACGUCUCCCUCCAAAGCGGCUGUUAGGCCCACGGCACCAAAAGACAACGAGUCUGCGUCGUGCACGCCGCGGCUCAGGCAUGCCGCUGCUCGCCGGUCGCAAUCGCAGUCGGCCCGUCCGCACCAGCCACACACCGAUUCGCCCUCCUCCAGCUCCACGACGAGCCCUGCCAUAGUGGAUGGAGGUGCUCACGCACCCGACGCUGCACCGGUGGCAGAAACCAGCGACGGCGCCAAGCCCGGUGAUGCCAAGCCCUCGAAAAGCGCCAAGAAGUCCCCCAUCAAGUUGGACGAAGCGAGAAACAGCGCCAUUCGCUCCCGCAAAGCGCACGCCAAAUCCUAUCGUCCGGCGUCCCCGGCGGCUCACCGGCCGCUAACCGGCCCGCAUGUAGCGAUUGAAGAAGGCAUCGCUGCCUCGACGCCACCUCCCAAGUCUCCGCCGCUGAUCAAGGCUGAGACGUCUGGCGAGGACAAGAAGGUAGCCGGGUCCGGCGCUCCACCCAACGUCCCAGUCAUCGCCACCGCUUCGCUGCGGCGGCCGAUGCUCAAGACAACAGCUUCAACCGGGUUGCCCACGGGCGCGGGCCUCAAAUAUGGUGUGUCCGUCGACGCAGGGGCGUUGGCAUUGGAAUCGCCUGCGGCUUCGGAUGAUAUUGAAAGCGCUACGACCGGACGCAAGUCUUCUGUUCGAUUCGGAGCCACCACCAUCCGCGAGAUCUCCCACAUAACUGCGUCCCUCAUCGAGCACCACCGCCCUGUGGUGGCGCUAUUCGUCCUCGGCUUCCUGUGCGUACUCGUCUCAGCCGGAGGCGUGCUGCUCUUCUUCGUGCUGCGCCAGGGGACGUCGCACUACCUAGACGCCUGCUCUACGCUGGGCUGCAAGCGUGCCGUACGGGACCUGGAGCGCCUCAUCGACGUGUCCAUCGACCCGUGCCACGACUUCUACGGCCACGUAUGCCGCCGCUGGGUCAGCCACUACGACGCCGGCUACGUGGAGAAAGCGGCCCGCGACCUGCUGCGAGACCUAAACAGCAGCCUGAAUGAGGUCGACGAGCCGAACCGGGUUUCGCCCCGCCUGUUUAGCCUGGCGCAGUUCUACCAGUUCUGCAACCAGUUUAUCGGCGCGCGAAACCUGCAGCUUUCCGACAUGCUUCGGCCUUUCGAGCAAUACGUCGACGUGCUCGCCCUCUCCACCUUUCCCGAAGUCAUCGGACGCGUGGUCGACCUUUCGUUGGCGCUUGGAGUGCGCACGCUGUUGGAUAUCCGACUCGUUCGCAUGCAGAAGACAGCCGUGAGGCUUAGGAUUGGCUGCGGCACCUCGCUCGCCCAAAAGUGCUGCGAGAACUCGUCGGCCGAGCUACACCUCUACCUCAGCACCUUGCUGAGCGCCGCCUCCGAAAUUCUGCCCAAGGGGGGUCCACGUCACUCUCUGGACGCCUCCGACAUCACGAAUGUGGACGCUCACGUCCAUCCUCUCAUGGUCGCACCGAUAAACGAGCAGAGCUACGUAAUCUCGGUCUUCGAGUCGCUGAACAGAGGCAUCAGCAGUGACCAGUGGCGGGCGGCGAUAAACAUGGCUCUGCCGAAUAGUUCCCACCUGAAAAAUAAUUCUCGAGUAAUCGUUGCCAACGUGGACGCCAUCACGAAGCUGCUCGACUACUUUGGAAGCCGCAAGGACAAAGGCGUGGUGUACGUAUACGUUCAGGUGCUCAUGGAGGCGAUGCGCUUUGACUACCUGCGCCGCCGAAGCGCUGAAGGUCCGGACGGCGCCGUUAGGAUAUGCUUGCGCGCUACCUGGAGCGCACUGAGUGGCGCCAAGGACGUGGUAGCGUCACAAUUUGUCCGCUCCCACGAGACCAUGGCGCGGACUGUCUUCGAGCGCGUGCUCUCCUCCGUGCUGCAAGAUGCCGAGGGCUCCCCCUGGAUGGGUGACCUCAUCAAACGCAACGCCAAGGUCACGCUAGGGGGCGUCUCACUGCGGAGUUUCGCUGCGGCAGUGUCCAACGGGUCCGCGAACGAGGGGUCUGACGUUAGUGGUCUGAGCACGUCGUCGGCGCUAAGCGAAUUUCCUGGCCUUUUUAUGGACCUUCGAAGAGCGCGCCAGAAGCGCUUCCUGGAAGACCCGCCGCUGCUACGGGUCAGCACAGACGAGUACGGCAGCGACGACUUCCUCUUCUUCGAGAGCCGUGUGGUGUAUGACGUGCUCUCCAACUCGCUGAAGGUUCCAGAGGCUGUGCGGCGUGAGCCCAUCUUGUACCCGGAGGAUGUACCGCUCGAGUUCGCCCUCGGAACUCUGGGCAUGCUAAUGGCACGGGAGCUGCUUCGGGCUGCGGUACCAAGCAGGAUGCCGUUAUUGUGGACGAGUCAGGAACAGGUGGCAUUCAUGCGAUACGACCAGUGCGUGGACUCUCUGCGAGGCGCGAUGAACAUCUCCCUGGAGCGGCCGCAGGACAACCAGGCGCCCGAAUACUACUUCUGGCUACAGGGGGCGCGCACCGCCUACGCGGCGUUGAGCGCUUCCUACGCGGCUGAGCGGCGUGCGGCCAAUUGGAACACCUACUGGCGCGCCGCUCAGCGGACCUUCUUUCGCCGCCUCUGCCUGCUGUCGUGCAGGCGGGAUAAGCCAGAGAGGGAUGACGUGCCGGAUAAGCGUCACAGCUCUGACCUGGCGUCAGUGAAUCUGCGUCCCCCUGCAGUGCCCGCACGGGUCUCGUGUCAGCUGCCCCUGCUCAACAUGCCCGAGUUUGUCGAGGCGUUCGAGUGCUCCAGGACUGCGCCCGCGUGCGCAGUGGCGUGACGUCUCCGCGCGCCACUAUGGAGCGUGCUGUGUGUGUCUCACACACAAACAUGCGUUGGUGCCAACAAGCACAUGGCUGGGUGCGUGUGGGCUGGGAGCAUUGCGUCGGUAGAAGUAGGCUGUACUCCUUUGCUGCACCUCCAGUAGCCGUGCAGCAGACGAUGUGUUUCUUCGUGGCAAUGCGCAGAUACGCUUCUCUUGUGAAUAGAUCGCAUUCAGAUGCGUCGUUAUUACGCUAGUGCAUCUGCUCGCACACCAGGCGGACGCAAGCUGACACGUUAUUUUUCUUCCACGUUCUUUCUUUGUUUUUGCCUAUAAUGAACGAUUUUGCUUUGAGAUGCCUGCAUAUAAGCCAACGGGAUGUAAAAUUACAAUGCCUAUAUUAGCGAU